UACAUAAUAUCUUGUUACAACAUCAAUAGUGCCUGCAUUUUCUUCGAGUUCAACUUCAAACUAUGUCAGCAAUAACAGAGAGCCGAUUCUAUACAGUCGGACUCGUAUUAGCAUGGUACUCAUCAAACAUUGGGGUCUUAUUGCUGAACAAAUAUCUGUUAAGCAACUAUGGAUUCAAGUACCCGAUUUUUUUAACUAUGUGUCACAUGAUAGCUUGUUCUUUGUUGAGCUACGUGGCUGUGGUGUGGAUGGAGCUGGUUCCUAUGCAAAUGAUCCGAUCACAGAAUCAGUUCUUUAAGAUUUGUGUGCUCAGUUUUGUCUUCUGUGCCUCUGUGGUGAGUGGAAAUAUUUCGCUUAAGUAUUUGCCAGUGUCGUUCAAUCAGGCUAUUGGGGCUACCACGCCAUUUUUUACUGCUGUGUUUGCGUAUUUGAUCACCAUGAACACGGAGGCUCUGCUCGUUUAUGCCACUCUUAUUCCAGUGGUCACUGGAGUCAUCAUUGCUAGCGGGGGGGAGCCUAGUUUCCAUCUCUUUGGAUUUAUAAUGUGUGUUGGAGCUACGGCUGCUAGAGCACUCAAAACAGUGCUUCAAGGAGUUUUGCUUUCUUCAGAAGGGGAGAAGUUGAAUUCCAUGAAUCUCCUCCUAUACAUGGCUCCUGUAGCUGUCGUGCUACUACUUCCUGUAACAAUUUAUAUGGAAGGAAAUGUGGUCGGCAUCACAUUAGCUCUAUCUCAAGUUGAUUUCAGGAUUGUUUGGUACCUGCUAUUCAACUCCGCGCUUGCCUAUUUUGUAAAUUUGGCCAAUUUUAUGGUCACGAAGCACACCAGUGCUCUGACUCUCCAGGUCUUGGGAAAUGCUAAAGGAGCAGUCGCUGUGGUUGUCUCCAUAUUGAUUUUCAAAAAUCCCGUAUCAGUCAUAGGAAUGCUUGGUUACGCACUUACAGUUUUUGGGGUGAUCCUCUACAGCGAAGCCAAGAAGCGUAGCAAAUGAGACAUCGCUUUAAUAUUUGUAUACUGCACCUCGGAUAAAAAGAAAAUUCCUUCUAACGGGAAUGAAGGGGAUGAGAAUGACGAAAGCCUUAUACCAGCACCGAAGUAAAGAGGAACAUGUAUUCUUUUUGUUGUUCUUUAAGAUUUGUUUAGAAAGAGAUUUAUAAUGUGGAAAAAUAUCUGAAUUCUUUUAUGUCAAUUACA